AUGGCCGCCGAAAAGGCCACUGUUGCCUCCGGAGCUGACCUCGGCAGCGGGCUCCGGAAGCGUGUCGCCGAAUCGCCAGCUGCCAUCUCGCACCAGGCAAACCGCGUCGAUGACAAGAAGAAGCUUGCUAAGAAGGAACCAAGCCUUGUCAACACGCUCGAGCAGUGGGAGCCAAUCUUUGCCCCUCUCCUUUUCACGGCCCUCGCCUUCGUCACGCGCCUCUGGAAGAUUGGCAUCAGUGACAUUGUUACAUGGGACGAGGCUCACUUUGGCAAGUUCGGCAGCUACUACAUCAAACAUGAAUACUACUUCGAUGUCCACCCGCCCCUGGGCAAGAUGCUUGUCGGGCUUUCUGGCGUCCUCGCCGGCUACAACGGUUCCUUCGAGUUCAAGUCUGGCGAGAAAUACCCCGAGGAUGUCAACUUUGCCUUUAUGCGCGCCUUCAACGCCUUCUUCGGCAUUGUCUGCAUCCCCAUGGCCUACUACACCGCUCGAGAGCUCCAUCUGCGCCGACCUGCCGUCUGGCUCGUCACGCUCAUGGUGCUCUGUGAGAACUCGUACACCACCAUCAGCCGAUUCAUCCUCCUCGACUCCAUGCUGCUUUGCGGCACCGUCGCCACCGUCUUUUGCUGGGCCAAGUUCCACAACCAACGACACUCUAGCUUUGAGCCCGAGUGGUUCUUCUGGCUUUUCAUGACUGGCCUGAGCAUUGGAUGCGUCUGCAGCGUCAAGCUCGUCGGCCUCUUUGUCACUGCGCUGGUUGGACUGUAUACGGUUGAGGAUCUCUGGCGCAAAUUUGGCGAUACAAAGAUGCCUAUAACUACCCUUGGCGCUCACGUCGUCACCCGUGUCGUCGGUCUGAUUGUUGUCCCCUUUCUCAUUUAUUUGUUGUCCUUCGCCCUGCACUUUGCCAUUCUCGACAAGACUGGCCCAGGAGAUGCUCAGAUGAGCUCGCUGUUCCAGGCCAACCUCAAGGGCACCGAGGUCGGAAAGGACAGCCCCCUUGAGGUUGCCCUUGGGUCGCGGGCAACGAUCAAGAACAUGGGCUACGGCGGCGGCUUGCUCCAUUCACACGUCCAGACGUACCCCGAGGGCUCCCAGCAGCAGCAGGUUACGUGCUACCACCACAAGGAUGCCAACAAUGACUGGUUCAUCUAUCCGAACCGUGCUGAACUCGACUAUGAUCACGAGUCUCAGGACAUUCGAUUCAUCGGCGACAACUCGGUUAUCCGUCUAAUCCAUGCCCAGACGGGGCGCAACCUGCACUCUCACGACAUCGCGGCCCCGAUCACCAAGUCGGACAAGGAGGUUUCGAGCUACGGCAACCUGACUAUCGGUGACAACAAGGACCAUUGGAAGAUUGAGGUUGUCCGUGACCCUGCAUCUCGGGACCGAAGCAGGAUUCGGACUCUCACAACCGCGUUCCGUCUUAAGCAUGAAGCCCUGGGCUGCUACCUCCGAGCCGGCAACAAGAACCUGCCUCAGUGGGGCUUUAGACAAAUCGAGGUUACCUGCACCAAGGACAACAACCCUCGGGACACCUACACGCACUGGAAUGUCGAAGCCCACUGGAACGAAAAGCUGCCCCCUGGCGACCCUGGUGUCUAUAAGUCGCCCUUCUUCCAUGACUUUGUCCAUCUCAACGUGGCCAUGAUGACGUCCAACAACGCUCUGGUGCCGGACCCCGACAAGCAGGAUGACCUAGCUUCCCAGUGGUGGCAGUGGCCUAUCCUGCACGUCGGUCUUCGCAUGUGCGGCUGGGACGACAGCAUCGUCAAGUACUUCCUCUUGGGUAACCCCUUCGUUUACUGGGGCACGACGGCCGGCCUGGUGGUCGCCGGCCUGGUUGUGACGUGGUACCUGCUGCGAUGGCAGCGUGGGAUGAAGGACCUGAACCAGCAGGAGAUUGACCAGGUUCACUACUCUGGCAUCUAUCCGGCCGCCGGGUGGUUCUUGCAUUACCUGCCGUUCGUCGUCAUGGCCCGAGUCACAUACGUGCAUCAUUACUAUCCGGCGCUCUACUUUGCCAUCCUCACAUUCGGCUUCCUGGUCGACUGGCUUGUGAGAAACCGCAACCAGGUGGUGCAGAGCGCCGUGUACGGCAGCCUUUACGCCGUCACCAUCGGCCUUUACAUCCUCUUUAUCCCGAUCUGCUGGGGAAUGACCGGGUCCAACAAGCAGUACAGCUACCUGAAGUGGUUCGAGAACUGGCGAAUUUCUGAUUGA